AUGCGCUUCUGUCGCCCGCGCGGCCUCUUCUUUGGUUUUCGAGUCGUGGUAUCCAAGCCUGCCCUCCUGUUGCGCCAUCGUCUAUGGUGUUUUAUUUUUGUUGUCAUUUUCGCGUGUUCACACUUCUCCGCCGCUCUGUUUGUCUUCUCAGCGGCUGCGGCGACGGCGGAGUCUCAGCUCCGCAUGGCGAAUGCGAGAGGUCUCAGCGACAGUUUCUCAGAGCGCCUGAACCUCGAGGCAAAAAUUGUUUUGCUGGGAGACAGCGGAGUCGGGAAAAGCAGCUUGGCGCUCCGCUUCUGCCGCGGACGCUUCCCGCAGUACCACGAGGUCACGAUCGGUGCAGCCUUCCUCCAGCAGACUGUUCGCGUGGAUAAAGAUGGGAGUCAGCUGAAGCUCUACAUCUGGGAUACCGGCGGCCAAGAGCGGUUCCGCGCCAUGGCGCCUCUCUACUACCGCGACGCAGCCGGCGCGGUUGUCGUCUACGAUGUCGCGAAUGCUUCCUCUGUGGAGGCCGUUCGAUUCUGGGUUGAUGAGUUGAAGCAGCGAGGCCCUGCGAACUGCUGCAUCGCGGUCGCGGCGAACAAGAGUGACUCGCUGGAGUCGAAUGCCACGGAAAAAAAGGAAGAAAAAGGGAGCCGCGCAGACGCGGAGGCGCCCGAAGCCGCGGCGCCCCCUGAUUCGUACUGCGAGGCAGAGGGGUUGACCUUCGUUGAAUGCUCUGCAAAGACUGGCUUCAACGUCGGCCUUCUCUUCGAACAACUCGCAAAGGAGGUCUUUGAGCAGCUCAAGCAGAACAUGAUGGCUGACUUGUGA